CUCUCUCUCUCUCUCUCUCUCUCAUUAUUUACACAAGUGACGACUGUUCUUCCAGUAAAGAGUGCUGGAGUAACACAAGUGAUUUAGCAACAUUUUCGAAUAACGCGACAUCCUGACAUUAAAGUCCAUAAAAUUAUAAGUAUCGAUCUGAACAGCUUGUGAAGAUGAAUUCCUGGCUCAAGCUCGCCCUUGCGGUGAUGGUAGUCUUCUGUUGCCAUGACGCCCUCUCCUGUCCAAAGCGAUGCACGUGCCACUUCAGCACCAAAACAACUGAGGUUGUGUGCCCUGAUGCUGGCCUAUCUCAUUUCCCUGGAGAUGGUCUCCCUGGCAACACCACCACCUUAACCAUCCAGUUCACCAACCUCAGCGUGCUGACCUCUCAAGACUUGGGAGCCAUCCCACUCCUGGAGGAGCUGCACCUGCCCGGCAACAAACUGAGCAGCUUACCAGUAGAUCUUCUGAAGGGCCUUCCUCACCUACACACCAUAGACCUCACAGAUAAUGAACUGCGGGAGCUUCCCCCAUGUGUUUUCCAUUAUGCUCCACUUCUUAACCUGGUGCUAAAAGACAACCGCAUCUCCAGCAUCCAUCCAGACUGGUUGCCCAACAACAGCAAUCUCAUUUGGUUAGACUUGUCAGGAAACAAGCUUGUAAAAUUCCCAAUGGCCCAACUUCAGAGUCUGAGCAACCUAAAGGUUCUGCAUCUCUCAGAGAAUAAACUUGAGGAGCUUCCAGUUGGGUGUCUAGAUGCUCACUCUUCUCUAGAGAGACUUCAUUUGGAGCAGAACAAAAUCCUGUCCCUGGAUGUAAAGGCCUUUAGCCACACUGCUAACCUAACUCACCUUUUCCUGCAGAAAAAUAAACUAGAGAGCAUCCCACCCACUCUUUUCCAGGGACUCGACCGCUUGGAGUAUAUUGACCUCAGUGACAACAGGCUGCAGUUUCUGCCCCCUGGCACAUUAGAUAUUAAUACCAGUUGGGUGGAGCUGAACUUUAACCCCUGGCAUUGUGAUGCUAAAAUAGAGUACCUGUGGAAGAAACUGAGCACGGAGUCCCUACAGUCAGAGCCCAAAUGUACUUCACCAGAGAACCUGAAAGACCGUAACAUCGCAACACUUUCCCGCAAAGAAAUUGGCCUGCCAGAGUAAGAGAAAUCUGAAAUGAAAUGGUUAGGAAAAUGUGAGGAAAACAAAUGUUUAAAAGAGUAGAGAACAACUGAUGCAAAUAAGGUACAGUAGACUUUUAUAGCUACGCACCACAUUGGAUGUUUAUGGUCAAAACAUACCGUGUAACAAUUGUUUUUUGUAAACGCAAGCAAGGUAUUGUACUUUGCAAAUAAAACAACAUUUAAGAACGUUGCUAACUGCACACAA